GAUGAGCCUUGAAUUUCCCUUUCAGAUCCCCUAACACGCCUUCUCAGUGGUGGAGAUGGGGAGACAGUCCUGGAUUAUCCGGGAAACAGGGGGUCCCCUGUCACCACCAAGGUCCUUAUGGGUGAAACAAGGAGGCAGGGAAGACACAGCCAGAACACAUGUGACUUGAAAGCGGAAGCUGGAGAGCUGUGACUGCCGGCUUUGAAGAUGGGAGGGGUGAGGCCAGGGAGAGGGUCGUUUGUAGAAGCUUGAGAAGGUGAGGGGAGACAUUUCCCCCGAGCGAUUGGGAGGAACGCAGCCUGACAACACUGCGGUUUUAGUGCCGGAGUUUCCAGUUUGGACUUCUGACCUCCAGAAUGGAAGCCUCAGCCUUCAGAAACCAGGGCCCAUCUCUGGGGAGGGUCGGUCCCCUUUCUGCGGGGAUGCUGAUGUGACAAUUGCGUGACAGGAAGCCCCAGCCCUGGAGAGGACACACCCUGUGGUCUGUCUGUCCGGAGGACACCCAGGUCUCCUCCAUCCUCACAGCCUGAACCGCAGGGAGGAGACGCCAUGGCCCCCGUGCUCCCCGCCCUGCUCUGCCUCGGACUGAGUGUGGGCCUGAGGACCCAGGUGCAGGCCGGGACCCUCCCCAAACCCACCAUCUGGGCUGAGCCGGGCUCUGUGGUCCCCUGGGGGAGUCCUGUGACCAUCUGGUGCCGGGGGACCCUGGGAGCCCUGGAGUUCCGUCUGGAUAAAGAGGGAACCUCAGUCCUCUGGGACAGACAGAAACCCCUGGAGCCCAGGGACAAGGCCAAGUUCUCCAUCCACUACUUGGGGCAGGACCACGCAGGCAGCUAUCAGUGCUACCACAGCACCCCCACUGGCUGGUCAGAGCCCAGUGACCCCCUGCAGCUGGUGGUGACACGGUCCUAUGGCAAACCCAGCCUCUCAGCCCUGCCGAGCCCUGUGGUGACCUCAGGAGGGAACGUGACCCUCCAGUGUGCCUCCCGUCAGGGAUUUAACAGAUUCCUUCUGACCAAGGAAGGAGAAGACGAGUCCUCUCGGACCCUGGAUGGACAGCGAACCCCCGACGGGCAGACCCAGGCCCUGUUCCCCGUGGGCCCCGUGACCCCUGGGCACGAGUGGAUGUUCAGAUGCUACGGCUUUAACAGGGACACCCCUCGGGUGUGGUCGGCCCCCAGCGACCCCCUGGAGCUCCUGGUCCCAGGGCUGUCUGGGAAGCCCUCCCUUCUGACCCCGCAGGGCCCUGUCGUCACCUCUGGACAGAACCUGACCCUCCAGUGUCGCUCUGAUGUCGGCUACACCAGAUUCGCUCUGUCCAAGGAUUGGGGACAGGACCUCCCCCAGCGCCCUGCCCGGAGGCCCCAGGGGGGGCUCGCUCAGGCUGACUUCCCCCUGGGCCCGGUGGGCACUGUCCACAGGGGCUGGUACAGAUGCUACGGUGGACACGGCCUCUCCUCCGAGUGGUCGGCCCCCAGCGACCCUCUGGAGCUGCUGGUGGCAGGUGAGGAGCCAGCGGGACGGCUCAGAGACAGCCCCUCCCUCUCGGUGCGGCCGGGCCCCUCGGUGGCCCCCGGGGAGAAUGUGACCCUGCUGUGUCAGUCAGGAAACAGGACGGACACUUUCCUUCUGUCCAAAGAGGGGGCAACCCAUCGUCCUCUGCGUCUGCGCUCCCAGGACCAAGACGGGCGGUACCAGGCCGAGUUCUUCUUGAGCCCUGUGACCUCAGCCCACGGGGGCACCUACAGGUGCUACCGCUCACUCAGCACAGACCCCUACCUGCUGUCACAGCCCAGUGAGCCCCUGGCGCUCGUGGUCUCAGACUACACGGUGCAGAAUCUCAUCCGGAUGGGCCUCGCGGCCUCGGUCCUGCUGCUUCUCGGGGUCCUGCUCUGCGAGGCUCGGCACGACCACGGAGGAGCCCUAGAUGCGGCCCGGAGCUGAGCACGGAAGCCUCGCACUGCCCGAAGCGCAGUAUCCCGGGACGCCAGCUUCCGGCCCGGGAGCUUCUGGAAGAGCCUCUGUGGUGCAUGCUGGGUGCGCUGUCUGCAGAGACCCUGGGGGAGAGACGCAAGACUCUCCGCGGGGGCGGGAGGAGGCCCCCGGGGGCUCGGCCUCUGCUCACGGGGGUCCCCCUCCCUCCUGGGGAGGACGCCCCGACUCCCGGCUCCUACCACCCCCGGGCCUGAGGCUCAUCCCAAUGGCAGGGGCGGGUCCUCACCCUGCACGCCGGCAGGCUCUGUCCACUCUCGUGAAGUAUGUGUGAGUCAUUUUUAAUGCCUGCCGUCUCUGGUGUGUGCAAUGACCUCCAUCCCUUUGCUCGGAAACAGAACGUCGUUUAAGUAACUGAAUAAAUGGGUGGAAGUGGGGCCCCACUGGGAACAGAUGGAUCCAGAACUCUUCCCUGAAUCCCCCGGACCCCCCCACACCCUGCUCUCCUCAUCAGAUGACACCCGGUGUCGUUUCUGCAGACACCAUCGCUGCGAGGGGACACCCUGACGUUUGAAGUGACAGCCAGGUGCUGUGCUGGUAAAAGACUAAGGAAUACAACAGUUUAUAAAGAGCC